AUGGACAAGACGAAUUUAAAAACAAUUGCUAGCGACUCAUCCUUAUUGUCCACUACAAAUAAACCAAAGAAAUCAUUAUCUUCGUCUUUAUCAUCAGCAGCAAAAAGCACGGACACGAGUGCCAUGCUUCACAGACCUGUUCAUCAAACAUUUCAAAACUUCCUUCUCGUCUGGCUUGAUGAAAAUAUCGAUGAGUCGAAGGAAGAAUUUCAAAAAUCACUGAGCGAUCUACGACAUAUUGUGGCAUCAAUCACGAUAUUUACAGAUGCUCAAGAAUGUUUUACUUGUCUUAGUGACAUUAAGGAUGAAAAGAUACUUAUGAUUGUAUCAGAUUCACUGGCGCAACAAGUAGUACCAGAAUUUCAAGCAAUACCACAAUUAGAUUCAAUUUAUGUUUUCUGUACCAAUCAGUUAGUUCAUGAACAGUGGACCAAAAAAAUACCGAAGGUAAAAGGCGUGUACGCAGAAAUCGAAUUGAUUUAUGAAGCAUUAAAAAUGGAUCGUGAACGAUGUGAUCGAGCUUUGAUUUCGAUCAGUUUUAAUGGCAUUGAUGCUCUAUUCACCUACGCGCAAUUAUUAAGAGAAACACUUUUGGACGUCGAAGACGAUGAUAGUAAGUCUAUUAAAGAAUUCAUUCAAUAUUGUCGCCUUCAAGAUGAUAUUGAUGAAGACGAAAUUCAAAAGAUCGAACGAGAAUAUGAUUGUCAUACACCAAUUUGGUGGUACACAGCUCCCUAUUGUAUUAACUCGAUGCUGAAUCGUGGUCUUCGACAAAUGAAUAUCGAUAUUAUAUUUAAAAUGGGCUUCUUCAUUCGUCAUCUACAUCGACAUAUCGAAAGUUUACACCAGGAACAACAGAGCAGUAAGAGGGGGACAUCAGCUAAAUUCCAAGUCUUUCGCGGACAAGGUUUAUCCGUAGAAGCCUUCGAAAACAUGAAAAAAACAAAGGGAAGACUUAUGUCCUUUAACAAUUUUCUUUCCACAAGUCGCAACCGUCAUAUUUCAGUGAAACAGUUUGCAAGACCGGCAGCAUUCGAUCUGAAUUCAGUUGGCAUCCUGUUUGUUAUAACUAUUGAUCCAGCACAUAGCAUGGCAUCAUCGACUCCUUUUGCUGAAGUCAAAAGUGUUAGCUUUUCUGAAGAUCAAGAGGAAGAAAUACUUUUUACGACACAUGCGAUUUUUCGCAUUAAUCGCGUUGAACGCAUUGAAGACAAGCAUACUUAUCGCUUCUGGCAAGUUGAUCUGACCCUCAUCGGCAACCAAGACAAUGAUUUUAGUAAACUUAUGACACGGAUUCGCGAAGAGCAUAGUUCAGCAAAAGGUUGGCCUCGAUUGGGUCUAAUUCUUAUUGAAGUCGAAGCUUUUGCAAAAGCAGCAGAGCUUUUUAAUAUCUUGUUGGAAAAGGCCACUUACGAUGAAGAUAGAGCGGACAACAAUUUUCAACUUGGUUGGGUGCAUUAUAACAUGGGAGAGUAUGCGACAGCACUUACAUUUUACGAACGAGCGCUCGAUAUUUACCAACAAAUGUUUCCUCCUAAUGACCGCAAAUUGGCGAAUUCCUAUAACGGCAUCGGAGAAGUUUAUAAUCACAUGGGCGAGUACUUGAAAGCACUUUCAUUUUUCGAGAGAGCACUAGAUGUUCUAAAAAUAACUAUUUCUCUUAAUCAUCCGGAUUUGGCUUAUCUGUAUAAUAACAUUGGAUUGGUGUACGAUAACAUCGGUGACUACUCAAAUGCACUUUCAUUUCUAGAGAAAACACUUGAUAUGCGCCAGAAAUCGCUCCCAUCAGCGCAUCCUAUAAUCGCAGAAUUAAAACGUAACAUCGAAAAUAUAAAAAAGAAAUUGUAG